CCCCGCCCCACCAAACACUCCCGCAGACCCACAGCCCCGCCCGUCCCCGUCCGUCCACAGCCAGCUCCGCCUCCCAUCCAGCGCCCGUCCACAGCCGCCGCAGUUCCAGUGAGAUCGAGCGAGGUAAGCUUAGAUCUGAGCGAUUUCUCUCGCGCGUCGCAGGUAAAGUUCACUCGACUUCGACUCUCUCAUCCUCUUCUGUUCUUCCUGGUUCCGUCUUCUUCCUCGAGCAGACAGCGAGAGACCCGUGGCCUUUUAGAUCCCGGGCUUCAGAUCUGCUGUUUCUUCUUCGGUUUGGUUCUAGUUCUAGCAGUGUACUAGUACUAGUCGUUAGGUUGGUAGCCAAGAGAGGUUCUUUUUCCACACCUCCCUUGCGCAAGUGAGUCCUGUCCUGAGUGGAUCUACCCACCACUGCCAUCUGUUUUUACUGUGGCUGUUGGGUUCCGCCAGUUUCUUCGUUUGUUCUUGGUUUGCUAGAGAGAGAGGAAAAAAAACAAAAAAACAAAAAAAAACAGUCUAGAUGGCUGCUACUAUAGAUCUGUCAGGGGAGGAGCUGAUGAGAGCACUCGAGCCUUUUAUCCGGGAUGCCUCUGCUCACGGAUCCAGUCCGCUCCUCCACCCGCACCAGCCACUUAGCCCCUCGUCGCCGUUCUCCUUCCACCAAGCCGUCGCCGCCGCCUCCUCCUACGGAGGGAACUACCCGUUCGCCGCGGCCGACGAGGCGGGCCAGCUGAGCCCUUCCCAGAUGCAGUACAUCCAGGCCCGCCUCCACCUGCAGCGUCGCCAGGCACAGACCUCCGUGCUGGGCCCGCGUGCCCAGCCCAUGAAGGCGUCCGCGUCCGCGGCCCCCGCCCCGGCGCGGCCGCAGAAGCUGUACCGCGGCGUGCGGCAGCGGCACUGGGGCAAGUGGGUGGCGGAGAUCCGGCUCCCGCGCAACCGCACCCGGCUCUGGCUCGGCACCUUCGACACCGCCGAGGAGGCGGCGCUCGCCUACGACCAGGCCGCCUACCGCCUGCGCGGCGACGCGGCGCGCCUCAACUUCCCCGACAACGCCGCCUCCCGCGGCCCGCUCCACGCCUCCGUCGACGCCAAGCUCCAGAGCCUGUGCCAGAGCAUCGCCGCGUCCAAGAAGGGCGCCAAGAAGCCGGCCUCCGCCGCAGCUGCCGCGUCGUCGUCCGCCCCCACCAGCAACUGCUCCUCGCCGUCGUCCGACGACGCGACCUCGUCCUGCCUCGAGUCCGCCACCGAGUCCUCGUGCCCGUCCCCGUCGCCGUCCGCCUCGCCAGGGCCGACGGUGCCGGAGAUGCAGCAGCUGGACUUCAGCGAGGCGCCGUGGGACGAGGCCGCCGGCUUCGCGCUCACCAAGUACCCGUCGUACGAGAUCGACUGGGACUCCCUCCUCGCCAAUUAAUCGUCGCCCCUUGUUGGCUGGCUGGCUGGCUGGCUCCCAUCCUACCCACACUGCCGUCGUGCAGCAGGAGGAGGGUUAAAGAAGGUUAACGGCCGUCGCGCAGAUGGGAUUUUAGACAUCCUGCGCGGGCACUAGUUGGAUCAUUAGUGCUAAUCCCCGUCCGUCCGUUCGUUGGUUGGUUCUGUGUAGAUGUCCGUCCGAUUCGUUUGGUCCUUGUCACUGGUGAGUCAGUUGUAGAUCUCGGGUUAUUUAGGGUUUGGUUCUCCGGAGGAGGAGAGAACCACAACCGACGGGAAGCCGGCGUUUUUGUGUCCGGCGUUCUCCGGUGGUGGCCGGUACGUGUCACACUGGUCAGUGACCCCACCCCCCCGGCCGUUCAGGUGUCCGUUGUCCUGGUAGCUGUUUUUGUUGUGCUAGAUGGUGUGCUGUGCUCUACAGGUUGUAAAGAGCAGCACGGUGUGAUGUGAGGAGAUGCUUGUCAAGCAGUAGUGCUCCGUAUGAUGUAUGUUGUAAAAUCAGCUAGCUAGCUGUGUCCAGGAGUUGUAAUUUGAUGAACUGCUACUGUUGGUGCUACUAUUGUAUGGUUUAUUGUUGUAUAAACAAUCUGUGUUCGGCUGUUC